AAAACAAUAUGUGCUAGUUUGGUAUUUUUUCAAAGUGCAGUGACGGUAGGCCAGUUUUGAGGACCGCAUUAGCUUUGCAAAUCUAAUGUCAACAAAAUCGGAUUUCAAAACCGGGGAGCCAUUCAAUUGAAUUGCCCACACAUACUAUGAAAAGUGAGAUUGUUAUAAACAUCAAUUUGCGCUAUAAAAGACAAGCACAUGGAGCCCAGUGAUAGCAGUUUUCAGCCCGACAUGGCCGCGGACGAUUCAAAAUCCGAGUCUGAGUCUGAGUCCGAGACGACGACUCAUGAAGCAAAUAAAAUCGAGCUGACAGGCGUUGGCAGUCGUAAAGAUACGGAUCCAAUUAAUGGAAGUAAGCACGAAGAAGUAGAAAUAAAGUCUGGAGAAGCUAACAAGGCGGAAGAGAGUCGAUUGAAAGAGCGCGAGGAUAGGCCACUUGUGCUGGAAGAAAGGCACUCACUUUCUAUAGCGGAAACAAAGAAGCGUCGGGCCAGUGUCUACUGCAACGAGGAUCUGUUUAUACCCAAGGAGCUGGCUCGCGGUGAGCUGCACCAGCGUAGACACCACUCGGCUGUGAACUCUCUGGAUCAAAUCAGCCGGAACAGUGACUAUUGCAUACGAAUGCUCAAGUUUCCCGUCGGAUCGGGCCGUGCGCGCUUUGUUGCCCAGCAAAUGAAAAGGAGAAAAACCAGAAAAUCAAAGGCAUUGCCAAUGCUACUGCCAGAAGUGCUUAAUCUGGACGAGAACCGGGCUGCCGAGGUAGUUGAUCCGGCUAAAGAAGAGUUGUGCAUCAAGCAGGAAUCAAAUGGGGGAGAGGCAUCUCCCGAGCACAAUCCAGAUAGUGACAAAUUUGAAGAGAGCUUAGCCCUAAACAUGCCCAACCUGGAUGCGGAUAGAAAUCAACUGCAUAGCGAUGACGAGUGCUGCAUCAUACUCGAGGAUAUUGUCAAUGGGUCGCUGCCCGAGUCUGAGGAGGAUGGAACCGAAGAGUUGAUUGAGCGCGUGUCUAAGCGUCAAUUGAAGCGGGCCGCCUGCUCAGAGUUGAGAGCCACAAAGUCGGAUCAGAUGCUGGCCGAAGAUAAGGAGCUGACACAAUUGCCAAUCUUUCGUUGGCAUAAUCCGGACUGCAGUGAUCAGGACAUUAAAAUGGGCAUGAGGGAGAACUUGAAGCGUAUAAGCUUAUCGGUCAAUGCGGACAUUCAUGUGGCUUUUAGUGAGGUGACAGCCACAGCCACAGCAGACGCAGUCGCAGAGCCUCAGCAGCAGCAGGAACAGGAACAGCAGGAGGAGCCAGUAUCAAGCGGGGUGAUAGAGCCCACGCCUGUGCUAGCAACAGAGGAACAGCUGGAAACUAACGAGCCCGUGGAAGUGGUUAAUUUAUUGGUAUCGGAGCAACAAUCGCCAGAGUUACAGGUCGCGCAUCUACACACCAUGGAAACACAACAGCAACAACAACAACAACCACAACAACAGCAGCACACAGUUCAAAGUUUGCAACAUGUUGCAAGUUUGCCAUGUAUGAUGCCAACUGAUAGAGCGGCCAUAUCAAGCUGUCAGACAAUCGAGGAACAACGCACGGACUUGCAACAACAGUUCAUGCAACGCAUUAUCCUGCCGCGCUUUUACUCCGCCGAUUUAAGCGCCAACAGCCAUGCGAUUAACUUGUUAAAUGAUAACAUACAACAGCAUUUUGUGGAGUCGCUUAUGCCAACCGAAUUGCUGCAGCAAUGGUCCAAACAGCAUUUCGAGAAGUACGCGUACUCGCGGCCAGCCACACAGCAACAAUUGUUGCAACAGCAACCAGCUCAAGUCCAGCACCAACAGCAGCAGCAGCAUAAUUACUUUCAGGAGGCGGGUCAGAAGGAACUGCAUCAGCUGAAUGCACAGUAUCAGCAAUUGAAGUGCCAGCAGGAUGAGCAGCUCAAGAAUAUAAACAAAACCCUGAAGGAGAUUUAUGCCAAUCGGCUGCUUUCUGAGCGGCAACAUGCCGAAUACCACAGAAGUUUCAUGCACAAAAUGGUUGAGAGCAAAAAGCAGGAGGAGCAUCUACAGGCACACAAGAAUCAGCUGCAGAGACAGCUGCAGGCGGAGCUAAGCAGCCUGGAACAACGUAUUACCGAAAAACAACGCCAGCUGCAUGAUCGGACGAGAACGUGGCAACAUUGUCAACACCAGCAGCAGCAGCAGCAGCAGCAACAGUUGCCACAACAACAGCAGCAGCAGCAGCAACAAGAUUUCGCUUUCGGUCAACAGCAGCAGCAGCAGUUGCCACAACAACAGCAGCAGCAGCAACAGCAGCAACUGCGACUGCAACAGGAGCAACAGCGGCUGCAACUGCAGCAACAAGAUUUCGUCUUCAGUCAACAACAUCAGCAGCAGCAUCAACAUUUUCUUCGAGGCUUUCCGGCAGCCGUGUAUCAGCCACGUUUGCAGUGCUUUCAGGAUGCUUUUUCCCCGUGCAUUGAAACUCGUUUGCCGCCAACUUCACAAAUGGAGACGCAGCGCAGACUGAUGCCAGCGCCGCCGCCAGCAACAUAUCGCGCGGACAACAUGCAACCGCCAGUGGCAACCAGCAACAGCAGCAACAGCAGCAGCAGCGGGGGUGUUAUGCGACGUCGGCAUACAAUCGAUUACAGAGCUGGCAAUAUUCUCUCGACUGCGCGACCAUAUCAGCAGCCGCUGCUGCAGACCCAUUCGGCUGCUCACACGGAUGCCCUGGCGUAUUCACGAGGGGCAAACUUUUCAGGCUUUGCCCCUGCCACGGCCACAAGUAGCAUUCCAGCUAGCCAUCAUUUUACACGACCGGGAACGCCAAUCUCUACUGCCAGGCACCAGGUGAAUCAGGCAAUUGAACAAACUGCGAUAACCUCCUUUAUAAGCAACUAUGUCUCAAAUUAUUUCAACGAUAUGGAGUCAACGAAUCCGUAA